UGCCUCGCUGACAUGACACAGAAAUACUAAAUUGGAGAUCAUGCGAAUAAAUCCGAACUUACCGGAAUAUUCCUUCUGCCAGCAUCUAUUCACGUUCCUUUUGUCGACAUGAAAGAUCCUUUGAUGCCAUGAUCUCGCCCAGGCAUGAAACCGGCCGCCCGUAAUGCCCUUAAAGCGCCGCCGUGGACGCCUCAUGCAUCUCUCCCAACACCGUGCACAGACCCCAAACAAUCCAAUCUGUACUCCCUCCGCAUGUCAACCAUGUUCUUCCACUACGAGCCUUCCCCGCACCCAUCUACAAACCGAAAUGCCUAAAACGCCUCAUAUCACAAGUAAAAUUUAGCUUGUGAUACCACCUACCAGCGGUGGAGCGCCCCCUCCUCCUCGUGCGAAAUUUAGUGUAGGCCGCCACGCGGGUGUGGCUGAUAGAUCGUCUCCACAUGCGCCCCGCCAUUAGAACUCGGGCGGUGGAGGACGGGGAGAAGGCGCAGAGAGGCGUUAAUGACCGCGCUGCGAGGGCGGGUGAGGCGGCGCCGCCGUAUGUGUUGGUGGAGCUUAUUGGGAAGGGGAGUUAUGGGCGGGUUUAUAAGGGCGAGGAUACCCGGACAGGGGAAGUUGUGGCGGUAAAGGUUAUCGAUAUUGAUGAGAGUGAUACCGCUAGUCCGCGGUAUGCGGAUACGUAUGGUGAGUUUCUGAAGGAGAUUGGCGCGCUGAAGGUGUUGAGUGAGGGGAAGGCGAGGAAUAUUAAUCAUAUCAUCGAUGUGCUGCCGGUGGGACAUACGAUGUGGAUGGUGACGGAGUAUUGUGGAGGGGGGAGUGUUGCGACGUUGAUGAGACCUAAGCCAGGUGGCCUGGGGGAGAAAUAUAUCAUUCCGAUUCUGCGGGAGGUGGCAGAAGCACUCGGGUGGGUGCAUAAGGCUGGGAUUAUUCAUAGAGAUGUAAAAUGCGCAAACAUCCUCAUAACCACCGCCGGCGCCAUCCAACUCUGCGAUUUCGGCGUCGCAGCUACCCUCUCCCUCCCCUCUUUGAAACGCACAACGUUCAUUGGAACCCCGCACUGGAUGGCUCCCGAGCUCUUCACCUCCUCCUCCUCCUCCUCCUCCUCCUCCUCGCCUAGUUACGGGGUAGAAGUAGAUAUCUGGGCCUUCGGAGCCGUGGUAUACGAAGUUGCCACCGGACUCCCCCCCAACGCCUCGAGUCGGAUCCCUUAUGGACAGCUAGAGAGUGGAGUGAGGGUGGCUGUCCCGAGGUUGGAGGGGGAGGAGUACUCGGUCCAGCUUAGGGGGUUAGCAGCGUACUGCCUGGAAGAAGAUCCGAGUAACCGGCCGAUGAUUGGGGAGGUGCAACUACACCCGUACAUCCACUCCACCACCCUCAGUUAUCCAACCAGCGCACUCGUGGACCUCAUCACCGCCUUCCGAAUCUGGGAACAAGAAGGCGGGACGAGGGCUUCACUGUUCAUGUCUGGCGGCGCAUCGGGCCCAUCUGAGGCUGGCGAAACUGAGGAGAGUGGAAGUGAGGAGUGGGAUUUCAACUCCACCCUCCGCGCAUCAGCCGCCAAAGAUGCUGGUACCCUGUCCGAGAAUCCCCAGCCUACUCCGCGCGCCAAAGGGGGGCGAAGGCGGCCGCCGAAGGAGGUGUUGGAGCCGCUGAGGGAACCGAUUGAGAGGGUUUUUGAUGCUAAUACGCUCUCUAAUUAUGAGGGGAAUAGUCGUGCGCAUUAUUUCCCCUCCCCGUCGGAUGGGGUGGGUGAUUUACCACUCCGUGAACGUGACGAGGGGGGAAGUCGGCUACGAGACGUAGAUGGGGAUGAAACGUUGAAACCGCCUCCACUCCAUCCCGUCGCUGAUUUAGAUGAUACCAAGCGCCGCACGCAGGACUGGACAUUUGCUUCUUCCCUCCCUACGCCUCUUCGGGAAGCAGAGACGGAGGGUGAUGGAAACCGCCGGACAAAGGAUUGGACGUUUGCUUCCUCCCUUCCUGCACCGCGUGAAUCUACAGAUGCAGUGGGGGAGUUUAGUGACGGUGGCGGUGGGUACGCACAUACACCGACGAGAUCUGCACGACCUAUCCAGAUGAACCGCAUGUCGAUGGGGGAGGGGUUAAUUGAUCUCGAUAUGAGUUUAUCACCAUCUCCACAGAUGUCAUCCCAGCAAGCCCAAAGUCAUGCGUCGGUGGCGGAGUCGCUGAUUGAUUUGGAUAUGAGUCUCUCCCCCUCCCAACACCCACCAUCCCAGUACCCAGCAAGUCGCGCAUCAACGGCAGAACCGCUGAUAGAUCUCGACAUGAGCGUCCCACGCUCCCCUCCAGCAGAGCAAACGGCACCCUCCACCCCCACGGCGCACGCGCAAACAGUAGUAACACGCACCACCACCGCAGCUGUCAAGCCUGGUUCGUGUGGGCGUGAACUCCCUGCGCCGCCGUCGGUGGAGGCACUGAGUGGGGUGGCGGGGGUGGAGGUGAUGAGAAGUGAGAUGGGGAGGUUGUUGGGGGGGUUGGUUGUUGAGUUGGGGGUUGUUAGGGAUGUGCUUGCUGGGCCGGGCGUAAUAUAA